CUUACCAGCCACCACGACUACUAUUGCUCUUGUUAUUUUUUUUCUUCUCACGAAAUCUCACCACAUUUCCAUCUAUAAAUGAGCCCCUCUUCCAAGCCUCAAUUCCCUUUUCCUCUCCACCCCUCCUUCCUCACUAAGGUUCCCUUGCUCCUGCCCUGCAGCCCCUGUUGCAUGCCAUCUUUCUUGCAAGAAUCUCUUGUCUUCAAGCCCUACAACAUCAUUGUGUUCUUGAUUUCCUAGAUUUGCUCUUGUGGUCUUCAGUCAUUGUGCUCCAAGGAAGAAACACAGAAUCUUUUUUCCACUGAAAACCAAGAGUUUCUGGGAGACCAUACAUAUAUUCUGUUUCUUGACGAGACAUACAUCUUUGGAACAUCCACUUGUUUGUCUUGUAAAGGUGUAUAAAAUUUUGGCCAGUUGAUCGAUGAUCGACUAAAGAGAGGAAGGUCGUGGCUUGUUUGAUGUCACCAAUCCUCUCUGAGGUUAUCCUCUCCAGAUUUAUGAUCAGCUCGACGCUCCGGCGAGGCUCCCAUCUUGUCCUCUCCUUCUCCGUUGUGUUCCUCUACUGGUUCUAUGUCUUCUCUGUGGACCAGCUGAGGAUGCAGAAGCAGCAACUCAACACAGCACUGAACAUCACAACUCAGAACUACGCGGCAGCAGAAGCCCAGAAUUCAGUGCUGCGCACCCAGAUGAAGGAGCUGGAGAGCUGGCUGUGCGAGCUGUGUGAGAUCAUACGAUACAUGAAUGCAAACCAGUUUCCUAAUGCUGCAACAGUCACUAAUCCAUUAACCCUCAUGAGCGCAACUACAGAUUACGACGCUUUUGGCCUAAGCGCAUGGAACUCAGGGAUGCAGAUGGUGCAGCAGCCCAUAGAUCACUUGCUGUACCAGUGAUUUUAGCUAGGAGGAGGUAGUGGCCAAGAGAAACAAGGCAUCAGUAUAUUAUGCAUGGUUAAUUGUUGUAGGGCCAUUGUGUCACCACUCAUCAGUGGUCUUUUUCUUUUGAUUUGUUUAUGUAAGGGGCAGUAGGUGCAAGGCAAUGGUGUGUUGGCCUUUUGCUCAUGUUGGUGGUAGAGGGAUAUCACAUUGGUAAGUGACAAGCUGUCUUUUGGUAUGCUGUGAGGUGCUGCUUGUUUGGUUGGUGAGGGGAGGACAGGGAUAUAGUUGGCCAUGGGAGGCAGAAGAAUUGGCAUCUGGCUCUUCACUCUUGCUAAGUGCAAUGAUGCUAAAUUAUUAUGUGUAAUGUCUUGAAUUUCAUUUUCUUGGUUUAUAAUAUUCUAGUCAACAGUAUAUACCCCUUUGUUAUCUUGUACAACGCUGGAUCCUUUUUCCAAUUGUUUUGGACAGUAA